CUAGACAGCUUGAACUGGAGAAGGUGGUGGUGGUGAGAGGGGCUUGGGCUCUGCCCAGGCCCUGCUGAAUGGGCCAGAGGAGUAUAGCUGAGACAGGCAGAAUUUUGAGGAGGAGCGAAGGAGAAAGAGAUAGGGAACUCUGGGAGGUGUGUGUGGGAGAAACCCUGUUCCCCUACAUACCACAGACAAAUCCAGCUGUCUGCUUGUUUGUUUAGGGUCUGACUCCAAGCUUUAGUCUUUGCUGACCUAUUCCUACUACCUGCACCUCAGGCCCCUCACCAUGGGGACCAAAAAACUGAAAAAACUGAAGAAAAUCAUCUUUUAUGCUGAGCGUUCAAAGGAGAGUCUCUCAUCAGGACCCUCGAGGCAGGAAGUUAUGCAGACCCCAGUCCUUAUGGCCCUGAUGAAGAGUCCUGGGCCCGGGAGGUACCUCCUCCCAUCCUGCACAGGCUACGUAGGCCAUGAUAUCUCCAUGCACAGAGCGCCAGCCUAUACUUUCCAUACCGGGCACUCAGAGAAGCGGAUUUCUGACUCGUGCAGUCCUGGGCCUUGCCAUUACUAUGACUCCAGGCUCACCCGCUUUGGAGUGUCGAGUUGCCCCCAGGUUCCAAUGGAAGAGCGGAUAGCGAACUUACGUUUGUGGUCUACACCAGCGCCCCCUACAUACUUCUGGGAGAAAGUUCAUCCCCCUGGGGAGCGCCGGUCACCUCAGUACACUAUAGGCUACCGCUGUCCAUAUCGUGUCUCUGAUCCUAACCCAGCCCCUAACCAUUACCCCCAGCCCCGACGGCUGGGGUAUGGCACCCCUGUCAACCAUUCUGCCCCAUGUUAUAGCUUUGCUUCCACUUCAGACCCAUGGCGUUUCAACAAGGAUAUCCACAAAAGCCCUGGUCCAGCUGUGCACACCAGGCCUGAGCCAUCAGUUUACCAGAAUCGGAGCCCCAUCCACUCCAUGGGCAAGCUCUUUGGGUACCCCCGUGACAAGGCAAACUACCCAGGUCCUGGUUCCCAUGAGGUACAAACGGUCACCAUUCAUAAGCCACAGGCACCUUCCUUCUCCAUGGGCGUCAAACAUUCACCUCACCUCACUCCACUAAUUGUGGAUGUGAAGGACUGAUCCUGCCCUCUAAACCUCUUCCCCCCCCCACCCUGAAUCCCCCUCCGCCUCAUGAUUAUAGGGCAGGAGUAGAAGGGGCCUGCUUAGAUUCUUUUCUCAGAAUAAUUUUGUAGCCUUUCUUCAAGCCAGUCUGUGCCUGGUGCCAGUUUAUUGCUGGGCAUCUCUCAAGUUGUAGCCCCUGCCAAAUAACCCCCUUCAGUUAGGCUAAGAGGAAUCUUCUUUCCCCCCAGAAUGUAUGUAUUUUUUUUCCUUAAAUAAAACUGACCUUGGGACAGUGG